AUGCUUAUCCCCAAGCAGAACCGCAAGCUUAUCUACGAGGCUCUCUUCAAGGACGGUGUCUUGGUCGCCAAGAAGGACUUCAACGCCCCCAAGCACGAUGAGAUCGAUGUCCCCAACCUGCAGGUCAUCAAGGCUCUUCAGUCCUUGGACUCGAAGCAGUUCGUCAAGACCCAGUUCUCGUGGCAGUACUACUACUACACCUUGACCGAUGCCGGUAUCGAGUACCUCCGCGAGUACCUCCACUUGCCCUCGGAGAUCUUCCCCGCCACCUUCAAGAAGACCGCCCGCCCUUCGGCUCCCCGCCGUGCUGAGCGCCCCGAGGGUGCUUACCGCCAGCGUGGUGACCGUGAGGACUACCGCCGCCGCGAUGACGGUGAGAAGAAGGAGGGUGCCUCCGGUGACUACAAGCCCGAGUUCCGCUCCGGCUUGGGCCGUGGCCGUCCCGCUCAGCAGUAA